UCUAACCGCGCAUGCGCGACUCAGGGAGCACGCAGUACGGCGAUCGGCGGUGCGCUGUGUCCCUCGGACACAGCGGAUUACCGAUCAAAGGAAAGAGCAGAUGUCGGCUCGGUCAUGUGAUCACCUGUGUCCAAUUACAGCUAAUCACAGAUCAUCAGAGCACUGAUGAUCAGUGUGCCCUGAUGAUCUGUGUAGCCCCAGCAGUGCCACCUGUCAGUGUCCAUCAGUGCCACAUUUCAGUGCCUACCAGUGCACAUCAAUACCACAUAUCAGUGCCCAUCUGAGCUGCCUUUCAGUGUCACCCAUCAAUGUCAGUCAGUGCCACCUAUCAAUGCCAGUCAGUUCCACCUAUCAGUGCUGCCAAUCAGUGCCAGUCAGUGCCAGCUAUCAGUGCCAGUCAGUGCCACCUAUCAGUGUGCAUCAGUGCCGCCUAUCAGUGCCCAUCAGUG